GUACCACUACGUAGUUAUCGCUAUAUAUUUGAACAUGACCAUUGCGUACUGCGCUCUGCGUGAAGCACUUUUAUCAAUUAGUUUAUCUCAGGAUAUCGUAUAUUAUUACUACACGUCAUCAUGCCAGGCUCUAAAUACGCGUCGGUUGUUCUUCUGAUCUUAGCUGGGGUUGCUAAGUGCCAACAGACCGGCGCCAGCUAUACCGAUCCAGUGACUGGUUUCACCUUUUGGCGUUAUAUCAAUGGCGACUAUACAUUUGGUAUCACAUUUCCUGAAGAUGUCACUACCGACUUUAUCGGCCAAUUUUCAGUGACGGCCACAGCUGGUUGGGCAGGUGCAUCAUUAGGUGGAACAAUGCAAAACAGUCUCUUGCUCGUUACCUAUCCAAACGGAGAUAGCAUCACCACAUCACUGCGCCAGGCAGAUGAAUAUGCAAACCCUCACUUGAUAAAUGGAACCGAUGCAGCAAUUCACUCAAUCGCGUCAGGCACCUACGUGAACGAGACUACGUAUACAAUUACGUUCCUCUGCACCGACUGCAUUCUGACGGAUGGGCGUACAUUUUACUCUAAUGCAACUCAACCGGUCCUCGGGUGGGCGCAGAGUACGGAUGCUAUAGCUGAUCCAUCUAGCACUAAUUCGACCCUAAAUUUUCAUGAGAAAGGCUACGGCAACUGGUACUUCAACGUGGAAGAUGCGAAGUCACCAGACUUUGACAGCUGGGCAUCGCAAGCGUCUGCUGCUUAGAAGAAAAGCUUCAAGCGCACAUCUAAAAAAAACCAGAGCCAGAAGGAUAUUCCAUGGUAUGCUUGCAGCCAGCUGGUGGCCAUAUGGGAAACUGCUGGACGGUCGCC